AUGGCAAGUAAAAUUCUGCUAAAGUUAAAGGCAAUUAAAGAAGAUGAUGACUAUAACGUUAAUGAAGGCAGACUCUUGGAUAAUUUUUCUGAAGAAUAUUCAGAAUGGUGUGAGGAAAAUGAUUCCAAUAAGUAUGAGAAUCCUGGACAACGACAAGAAAGCCUAAAUCAAAAUUAA